UUUAAGCAACAUUAAGAGUUAGCUAAAACACGUCAACAUUUUUUAGGCUAAAAAAACGUGAAUCUACAGUCACUAACAAGUCUUGUUGCUGACAUCAGCUUAUUAUAACUCGAAAACUCUCCGUCUACCGUGUUUCGUGUCGUAUAUUUAUUAUUAUGUCUUUAUUUUAUUGACAUUCAAAAGUAAAAACACACACACAAAAUGAUAAUACCGAGAGUUGCUAUUUUUUUUUUCAAAACUUAAGCGUCAAGUGUAUCAUCAAAUAAACAAAUCUUCAGUUGUGUGAUGAUCGAGUAGGAGGAAAAGAAUCUCUUGCCAUAAUUCAAGGGCAAUUAUUAUUUAUUUGCAAAACUUUGCAAACUUUUAUUUGGAUUACCUAUAUUGAAACAAUGGGAAAGUCAUCGAGUAAAUUAAAGAAAAGGCGAACUCAAAGCGUUGCAUGGAGCUUUCGCUUCAAACAACCGACAGUUUCAAAUAAUGAUCAAACAAAUGCGGAGUUGAAAGGACGUCGAUUCCGUAAGAGACAUCAAAAGAUAGAAGAACUAAAUGUUGAAGGCGAUAUGACUCCCGUGAUAAUCUGUUCAGGUCCGCAUCUUGACAUACAAGAGUGGUUAAAAAGAUUGGAUUUGCAACAAUACAGAGAUAAAUUUGAGAAAUUUUAUGGGGUAGAAGAGUUGAUUUAUUUCACAGAAGGAGACAUUCACAAAUUAGGUGUGAAAAAUGCAGCACAUCGUGCGAGAAUGGUAUCAAGUCUUGUUGCUUUACGCUCUAAACGCGAUAAGCAAAAUAAUAACAAUACAAACGUGGUUACAGAGAAUAAAUUUCAACAAAUGCGCAACCAAAGACAUAGUCUCGCGCCGGAAAUUGCAAGACAGAAAGAUCAUCAAGAAGAAAGGGAUUCUAUAUAUGAAGUGUUGGCAGUAAAAUCAACGUCAAAAACGAGUAAAAGUGUUAAUGAUUUGUUAGAGAUGGAGCCAACAACGCCUGAUCCAGAACAAGCUGCCCUCAAAAAAGCUCUUGAAUGGGAACUGUCAUUAGAUUCAAGGGAUAUACGAUCAUGCGCAUGGUAUCAUGGGCCAAUUCCGAGACAUCGCGCCGAAGAAAUAGUCGAAAAAGAAGGAGACUUUUUGAUACGAGAUUGUACAUCGCAACCUGGAAAUUAUGUUUUAACUUGUCGUAACGUCGCUAAAGGGCCUGUGUUGCAUUUUGUCAUAAGUAAAUUGAUUUUACAACCCGAUACGGUAUAUGAGCGUGUUCAAUUUCAACUCGAAGAUGAUCCUUUCGAUACAAUUUCCGAUCUUGUAACGUAUUACGUGGGUUCAGGAAAACCAAUUUCCGCAGCAUCAGGAGCUCGAAUACAAACGCCAUGCAAUCGACUUUACCCUCUGUCAUAUUACACAGUCAAAUACGAUCGAGGAUCGAGUAUACGAGGACCAAGUCCAAUGAGUUCAUCAGCAAGUGUAAAUCAAAUGUCGACAUAUCGUUCGCCGAUGUCGUCGCCUCCUCCUCGAACAAAACGUGAUGUUCCUCCAAGAUUACCGUCGAAGAAACAAAGAUCGCAAUCUCUUACUCCUUUGCAACCGAGUUCAGUGCAAAAUAUGGUAGCAGGUCGUGUUUUAAAUGUUUCACAAGACAAAUAUUGCUCGGCAGAUGGAGUAAUUCAAGGGAAUGAAACGCAAGCAGGAUCAUCUUCAAAUAAAAUGACAAAGUCAGAACAACAAAAACUUUCGACGCAAUCAUUGUCAAGAACGAUCUCAGCACAAGCAAUUCGUACAUAUCGACUGCAUUCAAGAACUUCAAGUCUUUCGCGCGAUUAUAGUGAUAGUUCGUUAAGCCCGUGCCUCGAGUCUCGGCAAUUUGGUGAAAAUGAAGAAAAUCAUGUUCCAAGCCCGCCUCCAAAGCCAUCGCGAACAUCUUCGCUGACAAGAAAUGGCGAUGGGGAGAAAUCAGAAGACGUUGCACGAGCAAAUGGAGAUCCAGCGUACAGAGCAAAUGGAUCAGAUUCCGGAAAUGGAUCAGGCGAUAGUGCACAAAGCAGUGCAGCGGGAGAAGAACCUUCAAUUCCAUUACGAUCUGGCGUGAUAAUUCGCAAUCCACGAUAUCUUCAAAAUAGUGCAUCAUCUGUAACAUUAAGGAGUUAUGCGGAUUUUGAUCCUGAAGCAGUUGAAAAAGCUUUGCUUGCUCUUCAACCUAUUGUGUACAAAAAUGAAACAUCUUUUGAUCUCGAUGCAUUCCAAACAGUCCUUCUUCCAUUCGUAGAGCAUAAACCUCUUGAUAGUAGUUCGUUAAACACAAUUCGUAUGAUGUUGUGCGAAAAUGGAUCUUUAAUAAUCGCUACACACUUGACAAAAGUAGAUAUAAAAAUGAUUCUCGGAGAUGUAAUUGAUCCAUCAACGCCAAAGUCAGAAGAAAUAGAGAGUCGAAAGUACUCUGGAUUAGAGUUGAUAACUUUGGAUGAAGGAAAAGCAUUUCGUGUUGACCUAAUUGAACGAACGCAAUGCUUGAAACUUUUAGUAGCAACAACAAUUCUUACAUGUACUGAUGAUAUCGAACGAGCGGAGACAAUAAACAAAUGGAUUCAGAUUGCAAAUGAUACAAAAACAGCUUUGGGAAAUCUUUUCGGAUUUUCUGCCAUUAUGUUGGGACUUUCGAUGCCACAAGUUCAAAAUUUAGACAAUACAUGGCAUAUUUUGAGACAAAAGUUUACAGAGAGCGCGUUUAAUUUUGAGGCAAAGUUGAGACCUACGUUGAAAAGCAUGAAUGAUUGUUCGAAUCCUCAAGCUCCAAAUACUACAGUUCCUCACUUAUUGCCGUACAUAUUGCUGAAAGAUAGAAAAUUACAAGACAUUAUAGGACCAAAUACAACACAAUUGCCAUCUCUUGUAAAUUGUUGUAUAAAUUCUUGGGAAACAACUGCUGAAGACUUUGGUUUAACAACUAUGUUCGCGCAUUUGGAUUCCGCGAGAACGUUCAUCAACAACUUGCCGUUAUACAAGAAAAAUGCUCAAAUUGCCAUGUCAGAUACAAGUCGAGCUGAUGCAUUGCUCGAAGAAGUAUUUAGAACUGAAUUUCACAUAAAAUUUUUAUGGGGAAGCAGAGGCUCAUCUGUUGCAGCUAUCGAUCGUCACACAAAGUUUGAACAAGUUUUAUCUGCAAUGGCAGAAAAAUUUUGUCAAAAUAAUACACAGGAAAAUUAGGACCUUCAAAUAUACAUAUUUAAAAAUAAAACUAAUCAAAAGUAACUUUAUUAAACAUCCAUAGACAAGAAGAAAUAGAAAAGGAUCAGUAUACCAACUUCAUGUUUUCAUACAUUUUUUACACAUGUUGCUCAAAUUUUCUUCCUUUGGAACAUCCUCAAAUCAAAUACUGUCAAACCAAUCAAAUUUUAAAACAACUUAGGUACCUAUGUAGAUUUUGCUAUGAACGUUUUUUGUAGGCUUUCGAUAUAAACAAAAUAAAUUAAUCAAGGAUAAAAAAAUAGUGAUUAAUCUUAAUAAAACAUAAAUUAG